AUGGCCAGUCCAGCUGAGCCUGAAGGCCCUCCCAACACUCUUGGUCUUGAUUUCGAGCAGAAGACGCAAGAAACUGAAGUGAAGAAGGACGAUCUACUUGACAAGGAGAAGAAGAAACCAUAUGUCAAUCCAGAACGCGUCAAGACUGGUGGUCCCCAACGCGACAAAAUCACGGAGGAGGAACUCUCUGAGCGAAUGGCUCGAAUGCGGGAACAGAACGAAAAGAUCAAGCAACGAAGAUUGGACGUACAAGCAGAUGAAGAGGCAUUCAAGAAGACCCAAGAGAGCGAGCGUGUUAGACUAGCUCAGAUACGAAAGAUCCAAGACGGCGUAGACCGCACGCGAGAGCAGAAUGCUAAACGCAAACUUGACAAGAUGCAGAACAGAGAAUGGGACUCGGGCAAGCCGGUUGGCGGAGGCGAUUCGAAGCAAAAGGCAGCAGCCAAAGUGGAGAGUCAGGCCCCGAAGGAGUCAACAGACCAAGUCACGGAAGAAGGGACUAAAGAAGAAACAACUAAAUCGAGCUCUCCAAAUGAUUCAGGUAAUUGGACUCGUGGUGGCGGACCUCGAGGAUCAUCAACUCGUGGACGUGGUCGUGGUCGUGGAAGAGGCAUCUCGAGUCCGAAGUCGUCUCCGAAAGAAGAAACAAAAGCAGCAGCAGCAGAAACGAAGGCCGACUAG